AGUGGAGCAAGGGAAGCUUAUCUAGGUCAGCUACGCACCAUGACAGCCUGGUGUGUUUACCUUUUCUGCAUGGUGGUAUGCGCCACAAGACACUUUUAUAGCGAUGCUCUGAUCCAGACGGUAGAAUAUAAAGCUAAACAUUUACGAUAUUUCAUUACCACGGAGGACGGCAACGAAAAGCAACUGAUCACUGAUUUGCAUGAUGUUUUGGAAAGACUUCAGACAAAUCAAAUUGUAUCCCUCAGAAAAAAACAUGGCCACCUGCCAAUGUGUGAUCCAGGAGACCAAUGUGCACUCAGGAAAGGCUCUAGGAUUGGAAAGCUUUGUGACUGCUCCCUGCCGAGAACAUGCAACUCUUUCCUACAUCGUUGUCUAUGAUCUUCUAUCUUCUUGUAUAUAAUGGCUAAACAAGGUUUGACAGUUAAAAUAUAAUCUUUUGUAUUUGUAAGUGUUUUACAUUGCAACUAUAAACUUGCACACCAUUUACAUACAAAUACUUUGUUAUACUAUAACUGUGUGAAAGUAUCAAGGUUCAUUUAAUAAAUGAGUUAUACACGUGUAUAC